AUGUUGUCUAGUGAUUCAAACGAGGUUGAAUCGAUCCUUUCCUGGACUUCUGAGGAGAGACGAUCAGAGCCGGCCAGACCAGCCGACUCAACCGGCUCGUCUUGGCCUGAUGACCAAGCUGAAUCAAUCCUAGAUGUGGAUGAGGGAAGCUCAACCUGGUCGGGCGUGGAACGAUUUAGUGAUGAUGCCCAAGUGGAAAGUGACUUUCAGGAGCUCGUCGAUCAUGACUCCGUCUCGACAAAGUCCAGCGAUAAGCAGCAUGGGUCUCUUGAAAAAGAGUCAGGCGCCGUAGCUACUUUAAAGAAAAUCGAAGCUUUCGCUUUAGACAUCUUACAACAAAUCAAUCGCUCCGGAAAGUACCAAACUCUUGGGGCAUGCUCACCAGGCGGGACAAUGAGAAGAAAAUUACCCAUAAUAGUCUUACUGAAAGAUCGAUCAUCGCCAAAUCCGGAGAAGCACCGUAAAUUACGGUUUCCGAGAGAUACUCGUAAUCGGAGCAGUGGGUCUGGUAUCCGAGAGCUAUCCCAACUUCUCCGGGUCCUGGAGCUCUCGCACGAUGCAAUUUUGGGUAAAAUGAUCAUGACCAAACGGGAUGUGUUUUACAACGAUGUGAAUCUGUUCAAAAAGCAAGUUGUGGUUGACCGACUGGUCGAUGACUUGGCCGCCACUUUCGAGAUCACGCGUGGACAACUUCACUUUGCUGCCUCGCCCAAGGGUCUUUUUCAAGGUGACCUAGAAUUGGUGAUUAUUGGAGAUACUAUUACAUCGGGCCAUGGACCACCGGCUCUGAUUCCCCCGGAGGACACGAUAAAAGAGUUGAAGCCAGGUCCCAACAUCCGAUUUAUUUUGAUAGUUGAAAAAGAGGGAAUCGGCUACCCAAGCCUCUCAACUCGGCAACUGGCGUCCAGAUUAUCUGAACAUCAAGAGGUCGUCAAACGACGAGUGCCGAUUCUAAUCUUAGUGGACUGCGAUCCACAUGGUCUCGAUAUUGCCAAAGUGUACAAAUUUGGUAGUCAGAGUAUGUCUUUCCAUCCAGGUCUUCGUGCCAAGCAGGCUGAGUGGAUCGGAAUAAGCUCUUCAGACUGGAAUGAGUUCAACAUCGACUGCGACCUCAUUUGUCCGAUGACCCUUCAUGAUUAUAAAAAGGCAGACAGUCUUCUGAUGUCGGACGUCUUGCCAGAAAGCUGGAAGAAUGAGGUUAGAAGGAUGAAGGAGACUAGAAAAAAGUCGGAAAUUCAAAUCCUUUGCUCCCAAGCCGAUCCUAAGGGUAAAGCGACUGACCACGAGAUGACUUAUCAAAAUAGCAAUCAUCGCCUCUUCUUUUAUCUCUCGAAAAAAAUCAAGCGAGUCAGAAUAGGGAUUUGA